AUGGAAAAUAAAAAAUUUUGGGAUUUAGCCAAAGAAUCAGCAGCUAUGCUGUAUAAUGAAAAAGAUGAUAUUAUGGCUAUCCUCCAAGAACAGAAUGAAGAAAUUGCUCAAAAGAGAAGGGGGUUAAGGGGUGAUGGGAAGUUGAGGAUGGUGAAGGACCUAAAGAGAAAAUAUAGGUUGAAUUUGUUAGGCCUAAUAGAGACUAAAAGACAAUUAGUAACCAUAUUUGAUGUCUUAAAAAUUUGGGAGAAUGGUGCGGGGUGGGAAUAUGUGGGGUCUAAUGGUGCGUUUGGUGGGCUGUUGUUAGUAUGGGAUGAUGGCUUCUUUAAUAUGAGAAACUGCUAUAAAGAGGAGAGGUGGUUAUGUGUUGAAUGGAUAUUGUUGGAAAAUAAUGUGAACUGUGCUUUCUUCUUGGUUUAUGGUUCGCAUUCAAGAGAUGAAAAACUUGUUGUGUGGAAGAAAUUGAGUUACAUAGCAGGUUUGUGUCAGGGUCCAUGUUGCUUCUUGGGGGACUUUAAUGAGAUUGUACAGGUGGAGGAAAAGCGAGGCACUGAUAGGCUACCUCUAUCGGCAGAAGAUUUCAAGGAUUGGAUAAAUAACAUGGGUUUGUUGGACUUGCCGAUUACUGACCGUAAGUUUACAUGGUUCAGAGGGCGAUCUUGUAGCUGUAUUGAUAGAGCUUUGGUUAGCUUGGAAUGGCUUGAUGUAUUCCUUGAUUCUCGCUUAAGAGGGGGUCCAUGGGGCUUGUCAGAUCACUGUCCUAUUAUAGUGGAGGAUAAGAGGAUAAGGGAUGGCCCAAGACCAUUUCAAAGUCUAGAUUCGUGGUUCACACAUGAAAGAUUUCUGAGGAUGGUUAAAGAGGAAUAG